UGGCUAGAGAGAGGAGGAGACAUGCAGCAAAGCGGCAGUGACAGAUAGAGGACAAGGCUGGAUUUCACGUUGGAUUAUACAUGAAGAUGUGCAGCGUUUGUUUACAAGGAAAUCACUCUGUUUAUGGGAUUUAUUGCUGACCGUUGUGCUGCUGAAUUGCGCCCGUAUGUAAGAGGGAACACUGUGUAUUUAUGAGUGUGUGUGAGAGAGAGAGUGUGUAUGAGUGAUUGUGUUAGCUUGUAUGUGAGUGUUUGUUCCUGAUGCGGUCAGAGCGGGCUAGUCGUGUGUGUAUCGUGGUGCUGGAGGAGGUGGAGGAGGAUGAGCCCUCCUCUUCGCUCCCACCUCCCCGGCCCAAAUCAUCCCCAGACCGCAGAUCCCAUCAUGCCUCUCGAAGGGCUGCUGCUCAGGAGGACAAGCCGUCUCUGUUAAGAGCCAUCUUCAACGUGGACCCAGAUGAAGUUCGCUCCCUCAUAUUCAAGAAAGAGGAUGUUAACAUUCAGGACAAUGAAAAGAGGACGCCUCUGCAUGCUGCAGCGUACCUGGGAGAUGCUGAGAUCAUUGAACUGCUCAUCCUCUCAGGAGCCAGAGUUAAUGCCAAAGAUAACAAGUGGUUGACUCCUCUUCACCGAGCUGUCGCCUCUUGUAGUGAGGAUGCAGUGGCAGUGUUGCUGAAGCACAGUGCAGAUGUUAACGCCCGUGACAAGAACUGGCAGACACCGCUCCAUGUUGCAGCCAGCAACAAGGCAGUCCGCUGUGCCGAGGCUUUGGUCCCGCUGCUUAGCAACGUCAACGUGUCUGACCGGGCAGGACGCACUGCCCUGCACCACGCUGCCUUCAGUGGACAUGUUGAGAUGGUGAAGUUGCUGCUGUCCAGAGGAGCCAACAUUAAUGCAUUUGACAAAAAGGACAGGAGAGCCAUCCACUGGGCAGCCUACAUGGGUCACCUGGAGGUGGUAAAAUUAUUGGUGGCAAGUGGAGCAGAAGUUGACUGUAAGGACAAAAAAGCCUACACUCCGCUCCACGCAGCCGCUUCCAGUGGCAUGAGCAGCACAGUGCACUACCUGCUGAGCCUGGGGGUCCACGUCAAUGAAAUAAACGGCUAUGGCAACACUCCACUCCAUUUGGCGUGUUACAAUGGACAGGAUGUGGUGGUCAGUGAGCUCAUUGGAGCAGGGGCCAACGUCAAUCAGGUGAAUGAGAGGGGUUUUUCUGCCCUUCACUUUGCCUCUUCGUCACGGCAGGGGGCGCUGUGCCAGGAGCUGCUGUUGGCCCACGGAGCUCACAUCAACAUGCGGAGUAAGGAUGGUAAGACUCCUCUCCACAUGGCAGCUACGCAUGGAAGGUUCUCCUGCUCUCAGGCCCUCAUUCAAAAUGGAGCUGAUAUUGAUUGUGAGGACAAGAGCAGAAACACUGCCCUUCACAUCUCUGCCCGCCAUGGCCAUGAGCUCAUCAUCACAGCACUCAUCAAACAUGGAGCCAACACCGCCAAGAGAGGCAUUCAUGGGAUGUUCCCUCUACACCUGGCAGCUCUCAGCGGCUUCUCAGAUUGCUGCAGGAAGCUGCUGUCCUCAGGGUUUGACAUAGACACCGCUGAUGACUUUGGAAGGACCUGUCUACAUGCUGCUGCAGCUGGAGGGAACCUGGAGUGUCUGAACCUGCUGUUAAACAUAGGAGCGGACUUUAACAGGAAAGACAACUUUGGAAGGACUCCACUACACUAUGCAUCAGCCAACUGUAACUACCAGUGUGUGUUUGCCUUGGUGGGCUCCGGGGCAAGCAUCAAUGAGCUGGAUCAGAGAGGCUGUAGUCCUCUGCACUACGCUGCUGCAGCUGACACCGAUGGAAAGUGUGUGGAGUACUUGUUGAGGAACGAUGCUGAUCCAGGAGUGAGAGACAAACAGGGUUACAGUGCAGUGCACUAUGCCUCAGCCUACGGACGCACACUCUGUCUGGAACUGAUGGCAAGUGAGACACCCCUUGAUGUGUUAAUGGAGACAUCAGGAACAGACAUCCUAGGUGACUCAGAGAGCCAGGCCCCAGUCAGUCCACUCCACCUAGCGGCUUACCAUGGACACUGUGGGGCUUUAGAGGUUCUCUUAUCUUCCCUGCUGGAAGUGGAUGUUUGCAGCCCAGAGGGCCGGACUCCCCUCAGCCUGGCCUGCUCUAAAGGUCACCAGGAGUGUGUCUCCCUGCUGCUGCACCAUGGCUCCUCACCCAUGACCCGUGACUACACACAAAAAAAGACAGCCAUACAUGCUGCAGCUAUGAAUGGCCACCCAGAGUGCCUGCGCCUGCUCUUGAGCAACAAUGACCAACACAUUAAUGUGGACGUACAAGACACCAAUGGACAGACUCCUCUGAUGUUGGCAGUGCUGAAUGGACACACAGAGUGUGUGUACUCUCUACUCAGCCAAGGAGCCAGUGUAGAGAAGCAGGAUCGCUGGGGGAGGACGGCGCUACACCGAGGGGCGGUGACAGGCCAGGAGGAAAUUGUGGAGGCCCUCCUCCAGCGGGGGGCCAGUGUAUGUGUCAGAGACAUCCAGGGCCGCUCCCCUGUUCACAUGGCAUCCGCUUGUGGCCGCGUGGGUGUCCUGGGUGCCCUGCUGCAGGCCACCACCACCUCACACACUCAAACACACCUCACUGACAACCAGGGCUACACACCACUGCACUGGGCCUGCUACAACGGAUAUGAUGCUUGUGUGGAGGUAUUGUUAGACCAGGAGGUGUUCAAGAAGAUUAAGGGCAACUCUUUCAGUCCACUACACUGUGCUGUUAUGAGCGAUAAUGAGGGAGUGGCGGAGAUGCUAAUCGACUCCCUUGGCACAACUAUCGUCAACACCACUGACUCCAAGGGAAGGACCCCCCUUCAUGCUGCAGCUUUUUCGGAUCACGUUGAGUGUGUUUCCCUUCUGUUGAGCCACGGAGCUCAAGCAAACAUAGUCGCCACACACACACGCAGGACACCACUGAUGAUGGCAGCUCUAAAUGGACAGACCAAUACUGUGGAGAUGUUGGUGAGCAGUGCUAAAGCGGACUUAACAGUACAGGACACAAACAGGAACACAGCAUUACAUCUGGCUUGCAGCAAGGGUCAUGAGACGAGUGCCUUGUUGAUUUUGGAGAAGAUCAGCGACAAGAACCUCAUCAACUGCACCAAUACAGCUCUCCAGACGCCCCUGCACGUAGCAGCGAGGAAGGGAUUGACGGUGGUGGUCCAGGAGCUGCUGGGGAAAGGGGCCAGUGUCUUAGCAGUGGAUGAGAAUGGUUACACCCCAGCUCUGGCCUGCGCUCCCAACCGUGAUGUGGCUGACUGUCUGGCACUCAUCCUCAACUCCAUGAUGCCCACUUCCCCUAUGGUCACCAUAGCAGCUUUGCCCACACAUUCUCUUACCCAGACAGUCAUCAACCACCACCCCACCAACAACCACAUCUCCAAAGGCGUGGCCUUUGACAGUCCUCCUCCUCUGAGGCCAGACCACGCCUCCUAUUGCAGACCGGAGCGCCUGCUUUCCUGUGCUACUGCAGAUGAUGAACUGAAUGACUCGGAUUCAGAGACAUACUGAGCACAUGCCUGCUAUUGGAAAGAGUCCUACAAUACUGGCAGGCUAGCCAGCCACUCAGGAGCCUUAAUAGAUCACUGACAAGGAACUAAAAGAGAGAAAGACAGAGAAAAUAGAUCCAGAGUGCAGAUCAUUUUUAGAUAAGCUUCUUUCAAUCUAAAAAUAACCCUUGUGGUAAACCACUUUUGUUUCCUUAAGGUGCUGAGUGGAAAAUAAUGUAGUAAAAUAUAGAAUAAGGUGAACACACACUACAUUUCUCUAAGACAGCGGCACUGUAUGGUCAGUAACAUGGCCAUUUUCUUUUUAAAGCAAUGCUGUUUUUCUUUUUAAAAAAAAGCUCCUACUCUUUGCUGAUACUUUAUGGAGUCGUUUUAAGUCUUUUCACCGUUUCUCUUUCAACUAUUACGAUAUGAUCAUCUACUGGAAAUAAGCUCAGAGGACUGUUUUUAUUUGGCACGAUAUUCUAAAGAAAGAAACAGAGGGACAAUCUAAUGGGACCAGGAGAUUGAUGACUGUUUUCCCUACUGUAAUUUUUAUUUUUUUUUCAGAGCUCUUCAAGCUUUUAUGGCAGACACUGUUGACUGUCAUUCACACACAUUGGUAAUGCUGCAUCAUUGUUAUUGAAUCACUUUCUUGGUCAGGAGGUCAUUAUUGAAUCCUAUGAAUUUAUUCCAAGUGGAGACUGAAUCAAUGGGAAUUGAUUAGGACAGCAGGUGGAUGUAAGACCCAUUUACUGUAUGAUUGGUCCAACUGAUGACCCAAAUGAGUGGCUUAAGGAACAUUUGACUUGCAAUGCUGUAACUACUCAAUGUCCGUGUACUGUACUGGAGACAGGGGAAAGUGGCUGACACUGUGUAUGUGCGUGCUUGUGUGUGUGUGUAUGUGUGUGUGUGGGUGGGAGAGAUGAAAUUUAAUAAAUAUUGCCUUUUUAGGAACAAGCAACUUUCAGUCAGGGGAUGAACGCUUCUGGUGCGAUGUUUGUAAAGAUAAAGUGAUGAACGAAUAAAGAGAAUUGUUUUUGGUU